GAAGCAGUUCUGAAAACAGAUGUCAGCUGUGUCUGUGCAAGAACAAGGGCAGACUCCUGUGUCUGCAGCAAUACCCGGCUUCCAUUGUAACCUUGUGUGUGUGUUUGUGUGUGUUUGUGUGUGUGUGCUGGCUCAGGCAGAAAACAGUUGACAAGAAGCACCUUAGCAGCUCCUAACACUCUGCUGGGAAUGCCAAACAGCAUUCAACAUUGAGAGUCCCCUAAUGCUAACCUGUAUCUGAAUGUGAAUACCUCCCCAAAAAAUCUGGAGAUGCUUGGGACCUUGUGAAGGAGCCAGAGAGGUGAUAAUGAGUGCCCCCGCUGCUACUGGAGUUUUCAUUCUGUCUCUUACAGCCAUCCCUACCACUUAUAUCUUCAACUUCUACUUUGCUGUCAAUAGCUCCUGGCCAGUUGCUGCAGGUGGUGCUGGGAUUCUGUUGUUGACUGCUAUAUUAGCACGUCUGCUGGUCAUUCAGAAGCCACCAAAGGACUCCUUGUUUUAUGUUUACGCAGUGUUUGCAUUCACAAGUGUAAUUGGACUUAUCAUAGGCCUUGAACAGGAUGGGAUCAUUGAUGGAUUCAUGACUCAUUAUUUAAAAGAGAGCGAGCCUUACCUGAACACCGCUUAUGGGCACAUGAUCUGUUACUGGGAUGGCACCGCCCAUUACUUGAUGUAUCUCCUCAUGGUGGUAGCUAUUGCGUGGGACCAAACCUACAGGACAAUUGGACUUUAUUGGGUUGGUUCAAUUCUGAUGAGCACAAUAGUAUUUAUUCCUGGAAAUAUUGUUGGAAAGUAUGGGACACGAAUAUGUUCUGCUCUUCUCCUCAACUUACCGUAUCUUUGCCUUCCACUCUGGGCAGGAUAUAAAAUCUACAAGCAGCCGUCAGAUAUCCCCAUUCUCUCUUCCAAGGCAAUACAGAACAUUCAGCACAAAAGUAUAUUCCGAAGACCAUCUGACUUGUUCUUAGCCCUGUACCUUAUUCUGGCAAUUAUCUUUUGUAUAUUUAGAGGGAUGAUUGCUUUAGAUUGCCCAGCAGAUCCCUGUCGAUUUUAUAUUCAACUUCAAGAGCCUUAUAUCAAAGAUCCUUCUGCCUAUCCCAAGCUCCAGAUGCUGGUGCUUAUGUUUUACUGUGUGCCAAAUAACCUUAUCCUGCUUUAUGGGCUCUUGGUCCCUGGAUGUACCUGGAUGCCAGACCUAUCUCUGAUAAGUGCUGGUGGAAUUGCUCAGGCACAGUUCUCCCACAUUGGGGCUUCACUUCAUGCCAGGACUCCUUAUAUCUAUAGAGUUCCAGAUGAGGCCAGGAUCUUCUUCUUCACAGCAAAUAUACUUUUUGGCCUUGGUUCUCAGCUGUUGGCCCACAGGUGUGUAAAUAAGCCGGAAUUCUUUCAGAAGGCAAAGUCAGGGAUGAAAGCUGAAUAAAUACCUCAUGGACUGUAUUGAACAUGUUAAAGCCUGAUGGACAUGGCAUUAGAAGAAAGUGUACAGCACACUAUAAUCUGUGAUUGCUAUGGAGUUUAUAGGUAGGAAAGUGCAGAGUGUGUGUGUAAGCAGAAGAAUGUACUGUAUGACUUUAGGUGGAUGAAGCUAUUACAGGUUUUUACUACACAGCACAUUUAUACAGGCGUAUACAUCUUUCUAAGGUUGAGUUAACGGAGAUCAUUAGCUAAACUGAAUUGUGAGAGUAAUAAGGUAACAUUACAAUACUCUGUAUUUCCCAUAUACAAGUACCGUAGCACAUUUUCAGUGCGCAUAGUCAUUUUCUGGGUAAACACGUGCAACUAAGUGGUGUUACUAGUGCAGCAGAAUUAUCACUGAUUCAGUUCCUUUGUUAGUACUUCUGUCCAUAAUAAUAAUAAUAAUAAUAAUACUGUAUGUUACGUAAUAUGAAUUCCUACGAUUAUUUUUGUAUGUAUAUUUCAAUGACUUGGUAAAUAAAAAAGUGCCAUUAUUA